GAUUUGAAAUACGAAAGUUGGCGCGGCUACUGGAGCUGGGUCUGGAGGCGGAUUGCCCGCUGCGGUCGGUUCGAGUCUUGUGGGGAAGGCUUCGGGGCUCAGGCCUGCCGGAGACGCAUUGUCUUACAAAAUGGUAGAGGACGAACUGGCGCUAUUUGAUAAAAGCAUAAGUGAAUUCUGGAAUAAAUUCAAAAGCACUGUCAGUGACACCUCCUGUCAGAUGGUGGGACUAAGAGAUACCUACAAGGACUCCAUUAAAGCAUUUGCAGAAAAGCUGUCUGUGAAAUUAAAGGAAGAAGAACGAAUGGUUGAGCUGUUUGUGGAAUAUCAAAAUCAGAUCCACAGGCAGAAUAAGCUCAUUCAAGAAAAAAAAGAUAACUUGUUAAAGUUGAUUGCUGAAGUAAAAGGCAAGAAGCAGGAAUUGGAAGUACUGACUACAAAUAUCCAGGAUCUUAAGGAAGAAUAUGCUAGGAAGAAGGAAACUAUUUCCACUGCUAACAAAGCUAAUGAAGAGAGGUUGAAAAGGCUACAGAAAUCUGCAGACUUGUAUAAAGAUCGACUUGGACUAGAAAUUCGAAAAAUUUAUGGUGAUAAAUUGCAGUUUAUAUUCACUAAUAUUGAUCCUAAGCAUCCUGAGAACCCAUUUAUGUUUUCCCUGCACCUAAAUGAAGCAAGGGACUAUGAAGUGUCAGAUAGUGCUCCUCAUCUUGAGUGCCUAGCAGAAUUUCAAGAGAACGUAAGGAAGACCAACAAUUUUUCGGCUUUUCUUGCCAAUGUUCGGAAAGCUUUUACUGCUAUGGUUUAUAAUUAAUGUAAAUAGCGUAUAAAAAUUGUUUAUUUUUCUUUCCUGUCGUGUAUCUCU